AUGGUCAAUGGAUGCGGUCAGUUGCUGAAAUUAGAUGAUAUAUUUCGUGAUCGUGCAAUUGAACAUGAAAUGAAAAAUAUCGAUGUUGUUUGUUACAACAAAAUGAACGGUUGUACUUGGAGUGGAAUAUUUGCACAGUAUCAAGAACAUUUGAAUACUUGUAAAUAUGUUGUGCUAAUAUGUGAUUCGUGUGAUAGUACUUUCACAGAUACAUCAGUGUUUGAGCAACAUCAACAGACGUGUUUAAAAGCUAUUAUUCUAUGUCCUCUAUGGAAAUUUGGUUGUGACACAAAGGUCUCUCGUGAAGCAUUAUACGAACAUACACAAAAAGCAAGUGCUGAUCAUGUACAAAUAAUUGCUGAUCAAUUGACAUCACUGAUAAAUACACAAAACCGCUUACAACAACAAAAACAACGUCCUGAAGUAUAUCUUCAACAGUACAGCAUACAAAAACAACAACAACAACAAAAUUUGUCAUCGUCAGCGUUGACAAUGACACAGAAUUCCACUAUACUAUCAUUACAAAAUGAUUUAUUAAAACAGUCGCAACUAAUUGAACAAUUACGAAAUGAAAACAAAUCUUUAUCAUCGACAUUAGGAAAACGAGAUGAUCUGUUAAGUCAGACUCGAGUCGAUUUACAAUUACGUCGAAGUGAUUUAUUAGAAUUGCGCAAAGAAUUUGAAUUGUCAAAAACAUUUCUUCAUGUGAAUGGUACAUAUCUAUGGAAAAUUGAUGGCGUCUCACAAAAAUUUAACGAUGCUAAAAAUGGAGAUCAAUUUUUUAUUAAUUCACCAAUAUUCUAUAGUUCAAAAUAUGGUUAUAAGUUAUCCGCGAAACUUUAUUUAAAUGGUGAUCAAACUGUCCGUAAUACAUAUUUAUCCUUGUACAUCACAAUAAAUCGAAGCGAAUAUGAUGAUGUACUCGAAUGGCCAUUUAAUUAUCCUAUUACAUUUUGUUUAUAUGAUCAAAGUCUCAAACGUGAACAUAUAUUGAACACAUUAACGCCCGAUUUACAAAGUGAUGCAUUUAAAAGACCAGUUUUUGAAUCGAAUAAGUCAGGUGGAAUACCAAAAUUUUGUCCACUAUGUAAAGUGUUUAGUUUAGACUAUGGUUAUGCAAAAAAUAACACAAUGUAUAUUAAAAUCUUAAUCGAUUUUAAAUUAUAUCCACAAAAUAUUUGGCCAGAAUGGUCGAAAUUACAAUGGAAUGGUCUAUCAGAAUAUGCUGAACAACAAAGGUUAAAAGAAGAUUUUUUGCCAACACGUCAACAAUAA